CGAAGCAUAGAAUAGAGUCAUUUUUCUUUCGCACACACUAUCUAUUCUUGUUCGAAACGACACUGACGUUGACGAUGGCGAGUGAUAAGUCGGUGCUAGCGGUGAUCAGAGCGGCGAGGCCAACGUUCCGCAACCACAACGACAAAAUCGCCUUCGCCGUUCACUCCUCCUUCCUCGCCUCCGGCUAUGUUCUCACCGCCACCGGUCCCCAAGCCCUCUCCGACACUGCGCUUUCCAAUCCCUCCAAUGAUGAGGUAUCCAUUGACCAAUGGAACGAGUUAAUCGACGAGUACGCGUUCGUCUAUGCCAACCCUGAAAAGCCUUCCAACAAGAACAAAGUGCUUGUCAAGUGCCUCGUCAUCAACGACAAAUUGCUCGUUCAUGCUUUGUCUCAUGGAUUUUCGAACCCUCUUCAUCUUGAGAUCAAUGUUGGGGACUAUGCUGGAGAAGAUGGGGGAAGCAAUUAUUCUCAGCAUUUCAAGAAUUUUGAGAAGCUGGUGAAGAGAAUAGACUCUGAGAUCUUGUCAAAGUUAGAUGGUUCUUCCGCCAAUGCUAGCUCGUCUACUAAAAGCUCAGAAACAAGUGACAGAACAAGGCAAGAGAUAUCUGAUCCUGUUGCUGGAUUUGGUGAACCCGCUGGUCCUCCUUAUCAUCCUUCUGGUGUAUUCCCUCCGGUUCCCAUUGGGUCUGGUAGUGAUCUUGUCCCUGGGCCUCCUGCUGGUGUGUUUCCUUCAAGUGGUCCUAGCAUUGGUGGGAGCAUGUAUGUAGGGCCUAAUGACCCCCGUUGGUUUGGUGGUGUUGGUGGAGGACCUGGUUUUCCCGGAGGACCUGGUUUUCCCGGAGGAUUGCCGGGUGUUCCUCCGGGUGCUCGAUUUGAUCCCUAUGGACCUCCUGGCAUUCCUGGGUUUGAACCCAACAGAUUUGCAAGGAAUCCUCGGAGGCCAGGAAAUGAUACUCAUCCAGAUUUGCAACAUUUCCGUAGAGAUGCUGAUUCAGAUUAUAUAUAGUUUUAGCAAAAUGACCACAUUUCUUCACGUUCCUUUUCUUCUUGUUGCUGUUUUCAUUUCUUGGUUUUGUCAAUAUUUCUUUUCUCAAGGGAAGAAAACAUUGAGGGAUCUGGUCAAUCCUAUUGUUAUUCGGUUAUCCAUCACUAUAGCACCCUGAAGAAGUUGAUUUGGACCAUUAAUACAAUCUCAAUGUAAACGUAGAAGUGAAACAUAUCGAAAUACCAUGCACAUCAGGUGGUUUUGGUUUUGGAGAUAUGAUAGUAGAUUGAUUGUAUAUUUGUUGAAAUUUAAGGAUUUAGUUAUACAUUUUAGUUUAAAUAAGAUUUCAUCUUUAUAGUAUCUAUUUAUAUAGAUUUCAUCCCUGAA